UAAUCCCAAUCGGAUGGGCUAAAAUCGCGACCAGUGCAUUUGCCGUGCGGCGACAGAAUGUUGAAGGCCCGUCUGCAGGAGGACGCCCUGCUGGGACGCUGUUUGGCCACCUCGUGCUCCGUGGAGCGGGGCGAGCUGGUGCUGGAGGAGCUGCCCUUCGCCCGCGGACCGAAGCGCGACAGCGGCAUCGUCUGCCUCGGAUGCUACCAGUUCCUGCAGUUCGGAGAGGAUGGCGAUUCGCUGGACCGCUGCGAACUCUGCGAUUGGCCGCUGUGCGGAUCGUGUGCCGACGACGAAGACGUCACGGAGCACCGCGGAGAGUGCCAGGUCUUCUCCGCCGCACGUGUCACUUUCGCCGGGAAUGUGAGCGAUGAUGGCGUCUGCCCGCAGUUGGAUUGCAUAACCAUAUUGAGGGUUCUGCUGGCCAAGGAGGCGAAUCCCGAGCGAUGGGACAACGAGGUGGCACCCAUGGAGCACCACGAGGAGGAGCGCAAGAAGGACGCCGAUGUGUGGCAUGCAGAUCGCGUGAACAUCGCUCAGUAUUUGCGCGGUCCCUGCAAACUGGCCUCCCGAUUCAGCGAGGAGCUGAUCAUGCAGGUGGUCGGUGUGCUGGAGGUGAACGCCUUUGAGGCGCGGAGCCCCAAGGGCUAUCCACUGCGGUGUCUCUUCCCCUACACCGGCAUUCUGGCCCACAACUGCGUGCCCAACACAUCCAGGAGCAUCUAUCCCAGCGAGGGAUACAAAAUCAGACUGCGUGCCAUGGUGGAUCUGGAGGAGGGUCAGGCCCUGCACCACAGCUAUACCUACACAUUGGAUGGCACUGCCCAGAGACAGAAGCACCUGAAGCAGGGCAAGUUCUUCACCUGCCAAUGCGAUCGCUGUCUGGAUCCCACGGAAUUGGGGACGCACUUCUCCAGCCUGAAGUGUGGUCAGUGCGCCGAGGGAUUCCAGGUACCCAGGCAGCCUACAGAACCGGACACCAGUUGGAAUUGCGCGAGCUGUGGCUCCGACACCAGCAACGUGGAGGCACUGUCGAUGCUGCAAUCGCUCCAAGCCGAGGUAAAUGCUGUGCAGGCGCUGCCCAUGGCCGCCAAGCGGCUGGAGGAGGUCGAACGACUGUUGCGCAAGUACAAAUCCCUGCUGCAUCCGCUGCACUUCAUAGCCACUGGGCUGAGGCAGCUGCUCAUCGAGAUGUACGGGCGAGUCCAGGGCUACGAGAUGGUACAGCUGCCGGACCACCAGUUGGAGCGCAAGGCAGAGCUCUGCCGCCAAGUGCUGAGAGUGCUGAACACCUUCGAACCGGGUCUGAGUCGCACACGCGCCAUGAAUCUUUACGAGCUGCACGUGCCACUGGUGCUCCUGGCCAAGAGUGGCUUCAUUGCCGGCAAGCUGAAGGGCGGUGAGCUGCGAGCGCGCCUCGUGGACGCCAUAGAUCUGCUGACGGAGUGUGUGCAGAUCCUGGAGUUCGAGGACAAGAGCUCCCAGGAGGGAGUGCUGUGCGUUGUGGCGAAGCAGGCACUGAAACAGCUUACGCUGAGCGUGGAGGGACUGGGAAGCGAACUCGAUUGAUUACUUAUGCAUAUCGGUUAG